GAGCGAUGGUGACCAUUGGACACGAGUUCAUAACCUUAUUGACAUGUCCGUGAGACACCCAUGGCUUGGACGGGGUGGUUUUGAGGACAUUCUCCGUGACGAGGCUAAGUACCUUUCUGAUGACAUAUACGCUGAGAAAUGCAUUCCACUCAACCCAAGGACAGUCUUAACCAAGGCCGUCCUCAAUAUCCUGUGUGGAUUUCUACUGGGUCAAAGAUAUGACACUGACAGAGAGGAAGGGAGAGGACUACUCAAUGCUUUGAAGCCUGUAUGUAACAUUUCUCCAUUAAAGAUACCUCACAAUUACCUACCACUGGCCACUUUAUUUACAUCAUCCUCAAAGUUGCACUCUAUGACGUCAUCCAGUGUCCAGCUAAAGAGUUUUCUAGCAAAGGCUCUGGUCAAGGAGAAAGAUACGUUCAUGGCUACCGACCUACGUCACUUUGUUGAUUUAUGGCUGAAGUCCAACAUUGACCGGAAAGGAGAUCCAGUUCUAUCUGACGACACCCUGAUACAGACACUGGUGGAUGUGCUGGUCGGAGGGCUAGAGCCAACGGUUAACACUCUUCUGUGGUCACUCCUAUAUAUGGUGCGGUUCCCGGAGGUACAGACGAUGUGCAGGCAUGAUAUCCACAAGGUAUCCUUAUAGUGA